CCUCAAUUCUUUUUAACUAACACUGAUUGAUACGUCCAUCCGAUGACCUCGUUCUAGUUUCGCCCCAGAUUGGAGAGAUCCAUGGGAAUGAUUCUCACGUGCCACAGUGUCUUUGAGUUGGCGCUUGUUGUCUCCAAUCUCCAUGACGGUUUUAGGCGGCGGCUGCUGCUCCUUUACCUCCACUUUAUUCUCUCUCUGCUCUAGAAUUGGAAAAAGCUCCUCCCUUCUUUUCUCUCCAUACACCACCACCACCACCACCGCCGCGACUCCUCCUCCUCCUCCUUUCGAAGUCUCAUAAAAAAAAUGUGAGAGCGAUCUUCCACUUCCUCAUUAUGAAACUAAAUGGACGGCUUCGAUCAAACCUCUACUGUAACUAACUGCAAGUUCCUGGCCAUCCGUUUCUUCUUCCUCACGUCUGGACAGGUGAAGGCUCUUAAGGAAGAAAUGGCCUCCAAUCUGUCCAAAUCACCAAAUUAAUGCAUUGCAUCCUAUAUGCAAUUAGUGCUGCUACUAAACACUGUUUUGUUGAUUGAUGAAACGGACUGCAAAGAAUUUAUGGGAUGAAAUCUGGGGGGCCACAACAGUUAAGUUUGACCUUAAUGUAAUUGGAUUGGAGAUUUUCUAUUAGUUACAAAAAGAAAGAUCCAAAUUUAUUUUAUCUGAGAAGAUGUGUCACCGUCUUGAUGUAACUUGAUUAGUAUUUUCUUGCCCAUACAUAUUUUGUAAUGAUUUAAGUGGCUUGGUUCGUGCUAAUUUUGGCAACAUCAUUUUCGGAGUAAAGAAGAUGGGCACAUUUUGCUGUGUUAAAUAGUCUAUACUAGGAGAUGGUGUUAUUAUCGUGAUGUUUUCUGUGUCUCUUUAUUUUUUAGAUUUACCUCGGUAUUGAUCGGAAGGAUGGAGUCCUGUGACUGUAUCGAUAUGCAAUGGCCACAUGAAGAACUUCUUGUUAGAUAUCAGUACAUAUCGGAUGUUUUAAUUGCCUUCGCAUACUUCUCCAUUCCCAUCGAGCUAAUAUACUUUGUACAAAAAUCAGCAUUCUUUCCGUACAGAUGGGUGCUUAUGCAGUUUGGUGCCUUCAUUGUUCUUUGUGGAGCGACCCACUUUAUAAAUCUGUGGACGUUCUCGAUGCAUUCAAAAGCUGUUGCUGUGGUGAUGACUGUUGCAAAAGUUGCUUGUGCUAUUGUAUCAUGUGCAACUGCUUUGAUGCUUGUCCACAUUAUUCCUGAUCUACUGAGUGUUAAAACCAGGGAAUUAUUUCUCAAGAACAAGGCUGAAGAACUUGAUAGGGAGAUGGGCCUUAUUCUCACACAGGAAGAAACUGGAAGGCAUGUUAGAAUGCUGACUCAUGAAAUUAGAAGCACACUUGACCGACAUACUAUAUUGAAAACCACUCUUGUUGAGCUGGGUAGGACCUUAGGCCUCGAGGAAUGUGCGUUGUGGAUGCCUUCAAGAACUGGUUUGAAUCUGCAACUUUCUCACACCCUGAACUACCAAAUACAAGUGGGAUCUUCUGUACCUAUAAACCUUCCUAUAGUCAACGAAGUCUUCAGCAGUGCUCAUGCAGUGCGUAUACCAUAUAACUGCCCACUGGCUAGGAUCAGGCCCCUUUUUGGUAGGUACCUGCCACCCGAGGUUGUUGCUGUUCGUGUACCUCUUCUACAUCUGUCAAAUUUCCAAAUUAAUGAUUGGCCUGAACUCUCUGCAAAAAGCUAUGCUGUCAUGGUUUUGAUUCUACCAACAGAAAGUGCUAGAAAGUGGCGAGACCAUGAAUUGGAACUUGUUGAAGUUGUUGCAGACCAGGUAGCAGUUGCUCUUUCGCAUGCUGCUAUUCUUGAAGAGUCUAUGCGGGCACGUGAUCAGCUCAUGGAGCAGAAUGUUGCUUUAAAAUCAGCUCGUCGAGAAGCAGAAAUGGCAAUACAUGCUCGGAAUGAUUUCCUUGCUGUCAUGAACCAUGAGAUGAGGACACCAAUGCAUGCAAUUAUUGCAUUGUCUUCACUUCUUUUAGAGACUGGACUAACUACUGAGCAAAGAGCAAUGAUUGAGACAGUAUUGAAGAGUAGUAACCUCUUGGCAGUACUUACUAAUGAUGUGCUAGAUCUUUCAAGACUUGAAGAUGGAAGCUUAGACUUAGACCUUAAGACAUUUAAUCUUCAUGAGCUUUUCAGAGAGGUUGUUGGUUUGAUAAAGCCCAUUGCAUCUGUUAAAAAGUUAUCUAUGACUUUAAUUAUGGCCCCAGAUUUGCCUGCAUGUGCAGUUGGUGAUGAGAAACGGCUGACACAAACUAUUCUGAAUGUUGUGGGCAAUGCUGUCAAGUUCACAAAGGAGGGUUAUGUGUCUAUUGUUGUUUCUGUUGCAAAACCAGAUUCUUUGAGAGACUGGCAGCCUCCUGAAUUCUACCCGAUGACGAGUGAUGGCCACUUCUAUCUACGCGUGCAGGUUAAGGAUUCUGGAUGCGGUGUUCUCCCACAAGAUGUCCCACACCUUUUUACUAAAUUUGCUCAGCCACAAAGUGGAUCUAGUCGAAGUAAUGGUGGUGCAGGACUUGGGCUUGCCAUCUGCAAACGAUUUGUAACUCUCAUGAAGGGCCAUAUAUGGAUAGAAAGUGAAGGCCUUGACAAAGGUACAGUGACUACUUUCAUUGUCAAACUUGGACUCUGCAACAAUCCAGAUGAUCCAUCUGUACACCAAGCUGCAUCAAGAGGGCGAGCAAAUCAUGGAAGUGGAGAUCUCAUUGGACACAAGCCUCUGUUCAGAGAUGUUGAUUGGGUUGCUUCUUCCAAUCCACGUUAUCAAAGAAGUCUGUAGAUACCUAUAGAAGCGGAUAGGUAUUAAGAAACAAAGCUGAUUGGCAAAUGUGAAUGUUCUUUGUGAUAUGGUUUGGGGGCUAAUGGCAAAUGAAGGUAUUGAUGAAUAACUUGGGAGGCCUGAAUGUGAUAUAUCAGGCUAAUAUGCAACCAACGAAAAGGGCGCUGGUUAUAUAUUAAUACAUCCUACAAAUCACUCCAUAGUUAGUUGUAUUUGGCUGUGAUUUAUGACAAUAAAAAAGUUUUUGAUAUCA